AUGUUCCAGCGUCUCAAAGGAGGAUUCAACCUCGAUGCCUUUCUGGAUAGCAAAAUAGCCGAGGAGCAGGCCAAGCAGGCGCAAUCGUCGAAAUCGUCGCCAGCCGGGAGGAGAACACCGAGCAAUGCUCCGAGCAACACGAGGAGGAGCAGUGCUCGUACGGAGUCGCCCAGCAAGAGGACGGGCAGUCGGCGGCGGGCGCAAGAUGGAGAGCAGGAGACGCCCUCGAAGGGCCCUGAUCCGGAGGACUUUGUGAUCGGGGACGAUGCGUCGGACAUCUCGAGGGUGGCCACGCCGAUGCCGGUUAAGGAGGGCUCGGACGGGCCUAUACUGGAGCAGAAGACUGGCGACAAGCUGGAGGAAGCGAAGAGGGAUCCAUUACAGUCGACUCCGGCGACGGACAAGGGCAAGGAGAAGGAGAAGGCAGCGGACGACCAGGAGCUGCCGGAAGAUGUGCGCAAGCGGCUGGCGAAGCUGGAGAGUCUCACGACGAGAUAUCAAGAUCUGUUGCGCAACUACCGAACCGCCCAUGCCCGCGUCUCCUCCAUUGAGCCUUUCGAAGCCACCCUGCGCGAGCAUACUCCUUUGACAUCGAUCACCGAUCCCGGCGCUCUGGCAGAGUUUCUCAAUCAGCGGAGUGUACAGAGUGAGAUGGUCAUGCAAGAGCUGAAGAGGCUGAGCGCGGAGAACAGAGACGUGGUCAAGGAGCGAGAUGAUCUAAAAGUCAAGCUUGAUGAGGCGGAGCAGAAGGCGAAGGAUGCAUUCGACGAGGCUGCAGGAUUGCGAGAACAACGGCAGGCAGCUUCGUCUGCAGCGACUACCCCUGUGAAUGCGGAAAGGGCAAGCAAGGAGUCGUCCGAAGCAACUGCAGCGGACGAAGACGACACUUUCUUCUCUUACGAUUCCGAACUGCCACGCAUGGAAGAAGAAGCACAGAAACACAAGGAAGCGCUCAAGGAACGCGAGGAUUACAUUAAUGAGCUGACCACCGACCUUGCGACGCUUCGCAGCGACUUCGACGUGACGAAGAAGACACUCGAUGACCGCAGUCUCGAUCUCGACGCCAUGGAGAACAAGGUGAAUGGUCAGGACCGCAAGAUAGCCGGGCUCCAGUCAGAGCUCGAUGAAGCCAACGCCGCUUUGAAGUCUGCCGCCGCACGCAACGAUUCCAAGGACGAUGGAGCCGCCUCUGACGCCCUCACGGAGAGCCAGGCCCACAUCGCUGAGCUCAAAGAACAGGUGAAGGGCUUGCAGGACAGUCUGGAGCAGAAGAACAAGGAGCUCGCAGACAAGGCAGCAGCGGCUGAAGAGAACCUCCGGAAGUAUGAGAAUGAGCACGACAAAAACGUCAAGAACUUCGACUUCUUUCAAAACGCCGAGAGGGCAAAGGUCAUUCACCGGGGCGUUCUCGACAAGCUCAAAGGCGAAGUCCAGCAGGCGGUCGAGCUGAAGGAGGUCUCGGAAGGCAAAGUCAAAGACCUCGAGCUUGAGAUGAACAGACUCCUGUCUGAGGCUGAUGCUUCGGGAAAUAUCAUCACAAGUCUGCGAGGCCACCAAGACGCCGCUGCGAGCUGGAAGAGGAAGCUCGAGGAGGCCGAGCAGGAGCGCGAUACUGCCAAUCGUCUUGCGGAGAGCAAGAAGGGGCAUGAAGCGGCGGCUGCGAGUUUGAGAGCGCAGCUGAAGAAUGCUAACAAAGAGCGUGACGAUGCCUACCAGAUGAUUCUCGAUUGCAGUCGCUGCCCGCCGGAAGCCAAGGAGAAGGCACGCAAUCCUGAAACGCCGGCCGAAGAUGUUACGCCCACUCCGCAAACGAGAGAAAGUUCUGAAGCUACAGAGCAAGCCGAAGUGUCGAAUCAGCCCACUGAAGCCAGCACACCAGCCGCCUCUGUCGACGUCGCCGACCCGAUGGCCAACACCGAGGCCAAGAAGAAGAACAAAAAGAAGAAGUCGAAGGGCAAGAAGAAGGAACCUGCUGCGGAAGAGCCUGCUGCUCCGGCGCAAUCGGCACAAGGGGCCUCCGCAGACACUGACGUCGCUCGCACUUCCACUCCUGACCCAAGAAUGAUGGAUGACUUGAUCGCGAAACAGCAAGAGUCAAUCGACGCGCAUGUGAAGACGAUCAGUGCGCGGGAGACGGAGCUCAAGGAGAAGGACGAAGAGAUCUCCACGCUCAAGAAUAAAAUCCAAGAGCACGAGCAGAAGAUCGAGGAGCAAGACGCUGCGAUUGCGAGGUUCGAGAAGCGAGUAAAGGAUCAAGAAGGGCUGGAGGAGGAGAUCGAGACGUUGCGGGAGAGUCUGAUGGAGGCGGGGAGCGAGAGCACGGAUGCGAAGCAUGAGCUUAAGGAGCUGAAGGACGAGCGCGCAAGGCUACAGGCUGAGAUUGAAGAGUUGCAAGCUGUCGAUAGCCAAAGGGUGACCGAGCUGAAGAAAGCCCAAGCGGAGCGCAAGACGGCGGAACAAGCGUUCGAGGAGCAUCAGUCCUCAGCCACGACAGCCUCGGCUGCCGAGACAGACGCCAUGAGGGUGAAGUUUGAGGCCUCGGAGGCAACAGUGCAAGCACUACAGCUCACAAAGGCGGCUUGUGAGAAGCAGAUCGAGGAAUUGAAGGCGCAGCACACCGCUAACGGCGAAGAACUAGAUGCGCGAUACGAGUCCUUGAAAGCCGAACAUAUGCACUUACAACAACGGGCCGCAGGGCUCGAGACGGAUCUGGCGGCCGCAGAGUCGUUGGCGCAGGCGCGGUACAAGGACGUCACGGAUUUGAAGGAGCAUCUGAGCAAGAUCCAGCCGGAGCUGAAGCGCUUGAGGCUGGAGAGCGAUGAGCUGAAGAGCCUAAGGGCGGAGUUUGGGAAGCAGGUGGAGUCGGUGAAGAGAUUGGAGGGGUGGGAGAGGGAUUUGAGGAGUGAGAUUGCCGAGUACAAGACGCAGGUUAAGAAGAAGGAUGCCGAGGUCGCAAGUUUGAGGGAGAAGGCGAAGGCGAGUGAUGAGCGGUCGACUGCGUUGGAGGAUACUUGCGAGCGUGCACGGAAGGACCUCGAAGCGAACGAAUGGACUCGCGACCAAGCUGUUGAGGCACGCGAAAAAGUCAGUACGGAGCUCAAGAAAGCGCAAGAGGAGCUGCGCACUUCCAGGACGAAUCUCGACCAGUUGGAGGUGCAGGUCAACAAGUUCCGUGACGAAGCGCGCACGGCGAAGGAAGAGCUGCAGAUGAAAUCCGCCCAGCACGAAAGCGCGCAGAGUCUGAUGUCCAGCAUGCAAAGCGAGUCCCGCGAACUGGCGACGCAGAUGAAGGAGAUCCGUGAGCGUAACGCAGGGCUCGAGGAGGAGUUGGCGGAUACGCAGCGCUUGCUGUCUGAGCGAGGGGCGGAAGGGGAGAAGAUGCGCAGGUUGCUGGCGGAUGUUGAAGAUAGAGCUGAAGCGAGGGUGAAGGAGAUGAGGGAGCGACUGGAUUUGGCGGUUGAGGAGCGUGACCGAGCGGAGGAUGAUGCGAGUACGGCUGGUAGGAGGAAGGCGAGGGAGAUUGAGGACUUGAAAACGCGAUUGCGGGAUGCUGAGAGCGGUGCUGCCAAAGCCACUGAGGCUCGAGAGGCUGCUGAGAGGCGAGAACGCGACUACCGCGCUCGACAAGACGACCUCCAAAAGCAAACCGAGCGCGCUGGAGAGGACGCCGCAGAAGCCCGCGAAGCCAUGAAUCAGCUUCAAACCACCAUCGACGACUUCGAGCGCCAGGCCAGCCAGCUUGAGAAAGAAAAAGUCGACCUCCGCAAGACCCUCGAUGAGCGCGAAGCUAAAGUCGAGCAACUUAAGAAGUCCGGCAAGAGCAUGGCGGAGGAACUGCGUAAUGCGCAGGCCAAAGCCAGGCAAGGGGGCAGCAGUACGGUGCAGUCUUCCCGCUCGUCGGUCGAUUCGUCUUCGACGCGGGUCAUGUCGCCUUCUACACGGGUCCUGUCGCCUGCUCCAGCUAGAGGGGCGAGCAACGGCACGCCGGUGGGUGCCCGACAGCAGCAGCCGAGUCAGAGCCAGGAGGUCACGGACACGGAGUACCUGAAGCAUGUGCUACUGCAGUUUCUCGAGACGAAGGAGAAGAAGCAUCAGAUGCAGUUUGUGCCGGUGCUGGGGACGCUGUUGGGGUUUAAUGAGGGUGAUAUUGAUAAGAUGAAGAAUGCUCUUUCGGCACGGUGA